AUGGGCUACCUGGAUGCCCAAGCCGGCGAUGGCGGGCGCACGGCGUUCCGGCGCGCCGAGAAGAAAUACAAGCUCUACAAGCAAUCCACGACGCACAAGCACAGCAGAAUGGAGAUCCCAGUCACGGAUCUCUCUCAGGUCAUCGACUUCGAGAGGAUUCGCGAUGGCGAUGGCGUUACGCGACUCGAUCAUUCGGAUUUUCCUGUUUAUGCGCUGGAAGGCCACACAGGAUUCUUCUUUAUUCCUCGAGCUGUGCCACACGACCAGCAAUUCCACUGGAUUCGCGAGGCACUCACGGUUUUUCCCGAGCCUCCAAAUCGGACAAGUCACAGUGCUCACUAUGGUCCUUUGUUUGGCUUGUGGUCUUCUGCCACCAAAAAGGGAGUGCUUUCUCCAACCGGGCCUGUGGACAUAUCAGCUCAGCUCUGCUCGGGAUCUCUCAGUGCCUGCCGAGAGGACAAGAAUGACGAGCAUGAAUCUUCGAUCAGGCCUCGCACGCUCGAAAGUAGCCGUGAGGAAAACGGAGAUUUGUUUGUAAGGAAGUGGGAGUUUGCAGAUCCGGGAGAGGAGAGAAAACAGGAAGGAGUGGUUUCUGCGACAGCACUUCUUCGUAAGCUGCGGUGGGCAACUCUGGGAGUCCAGUUCGACUGGUCCAAACGAGCUUACGAUAUUUCCAUUCCAUAUCGAAGUUUUCCACCGGCGCUUUCAGAACUGGCAACUAAGUUGGCAUCACCAGCGAUGAAUGGUGACCAGUUUCGUGCCGAGGCUGCUAUUGUUAAUUUCUUUGGUCCAGGCGUGCCAAGGAUAUUUACAGGCUGCAAAGAGUCCGACCUGCCAGAUUUCUCAGCUCUUGCAAUGGGCGAGAUCAAAGAAAACGUUGCAAUUCUGGACUACAUUCAACAGUCCCGGAUAAACAUAAAUAUCAGACAAGUGUUCUAA